ACGUGACCGAUUCGUAAGAGAGGUAUCGAUGGUUAAACCUAAGUCAGGGGCCGCUGCCGAAGAUAGAAGUGAAUGGUGCUAUUUGGAAUCAAUGCGUUUCUUAAAAAACCACGUUGCUCCGAGAAAGUAAGCUUCACACAUAUGUAUAUAUGUACAUGCAUAACAUAUUAUUUCUUCUUAAUUUUGCAAUCCAUUCUCUUUGCAGAACUCAAUCAAAUUUUCAAUGGUGCAGUGAUGAUCAACCAUCCACAAGCAAUUCACAACUUCCACCACCGGGCGAAACUACAGAGGUGCUUGACGAAUGCGUGGAAGUCUCACUUAACGACAGCCAGUCCAGCAUAGAGACACCAAAAGCUGUAAAAGGCGUCAAACGUAAGCACCUGGAGGAAGAGUCACAUGAGCGAUUUAACCGACUGUGUGGCAGCGUUGAAUCUGUCAUUGCUGCAAAAAAGGAACAUGUUUCAUCCAAAAAUGCCACCUUUUUGCAAAUGCUGGAUGAAUGUCUCCAGAAAAAACCGGAAGAUGUACAAGAUAGGCUCAAAAUUGAGCUGCUGGCGUACAUCCACAACGCAAAUUAAACUCUUAUAUUUCUGUGGCUUACCGUCAUAACCAGACAGUAUUUUUAUGUUAACUUUAAUGUUUAUGAUUGAAGUGGCUUCAUAAUUAUAAGUGUUAUAUCGCACAUCUAGAUCUAAAGAAAGUUAACAAAAAAAACUUAGGACGUUUAUAGGACUAUAUAUGUACACUAACUAUGAAACUAUUGUUAUACCUGUUUUUGUAAUAAUUGCGUUGAAUCUGUGCGAUAAAAAAGCAGUUAUAUUCCGGAUCUGAUUUAUUAGUUAGGCCACUUUAUAUCUAGGUGUGUGUAUAUGUACACAUAUAUUACUUUUCGACAGG